GCUCGUGCACGUUCCCGCAGGCAUGUCGUGUGCUACGUAAACUACGAAAAUAUUACUGCUGCAGUGGUUGCGCUCAGUUACCGUAGCGGCAGUUGUUGUGGCCAUGGCGCAGGUUGCAUGCGUCUUCGGCGGCACGCGCGGAAUCGGGAUCGCCGUGGCGCAGCGCUUCCUGAGAGCGGGCAGCCCCGUGGCCGUCUUCUCGCGGGACCAGAAGAACGUCGAAGAGGCCCUAAAAGAACUAGCAUUGGAACCCGGCAUUGUGCACGGACGUAAAUGUGAUGUCCGCAACGAAGCGAGCGUGCGAGAGGCUCUGGCUUGGACAGAAGAGCAGGUCGGCCCUGUGCACUAUCUCGUGACUGCAGCCGGCAUCGGCCUCGAUCGCUUGCUUGCCCAAACAAGCGAGGCUGAGAUCCGCAAUCUUCUCGACACCAAUGUCAUUGGCACGCUGUUCUGCGCCAAAGCGGCCUUGAAGGCGGGCAUGCUGCGCCGCCGACAGGGCUCCAUCGUUAAUGUGGGCAGUGUUGUUGGUGAACGAGGCAAUGUUGGCCAAACUGUCUAUUCUGCCAGCAAGGCUGCCCUAGUGGGCCUGACCCGCUCGUUGGCCAAAGAAGUUGCCUCUCGGAACAUCAGAGUCAACAUGAUUCAGCCAGGUUUCAUAGACACUGGCAUGACUCGCGCGGAACACUUGCAAGCAGUGGUUGGCCGCAUCCCCUUGCAGCGGCCGGGCCGUGCCGAGGAGGUGGCGCGUGCGGUGCAUUUUUUGGCAAGCAGCAGCUACGUGACCGGGCAGGUGCUGCCCGUGGACGGGGGCCUCCGGUUGGCCAUGUGAGGAGCGAUAGGCGAGCGCUCAGGCGCACGGUGCGGUUCCGGCGCGCGCCAGGGCCGCCCAGGACAGGCCGUGGGACAGCACCAGGGGAAGCAAGAGUUCGGCCCCUUCCCAGGGCCAGGGCUUGCCGAGGUUCGGGCAGCAGCGGGUCGCCGGGCACGGCCCGGUAGCCCACACGGCUGCGCAAACGCGGGAGGAAGGAAAGAGAUGUGAUCCAUCUUGUCGCGGAGUUCGCUGGCUUUCCCGAGGGGACAGAAUACGGAGCAGUGUGCAUGGAUGGAGCAGUUUAACGUGACUGCUGUUUCGGUAGCAUUUACAUACAUCGUUGCUCGCCAUGGGUUUCGUUGGUACAUACAGAGUUGGAUAGUAUUACUAUGAGUGAGAAGGUGACAAAAAAAUGAACGAGGUACCUAUAUUUGGUAUAUUCUGCAACACAUCCUUUGUUUAUGGUCACAUUUGUGGGUAAACAUACUGUGAAAAGAGUUCCUGUUGUGCCAUUCAGUGCACGUCAUGGAGAUUAAAAACACGAGGAACAUGUAAAGGUUCACAUUUAUACUGCGCAGGAAAAGAAGAAUGAGAAAACCUGUGAAGACAGUGCAAUAAAAUGCUUCAAGAAUGUAGGACUACGAAAAUGGUGUCGUGUGCUGCUAUGACAAAUUACAAUGAAUUUUCAAAGUGACGGAAUAUAUUACCUGGCGGGGAAAUUUUAUUGCGUUUUGGAAGAAUGAAUAUUAAAACACUUUAUACAGUUUG